UUUGGCUUUUAAUUCAUCUCUUUUAUCACCACAAAUUUUCAAAACUUGGACAUUCAAUACAGCUCCGGGAGCCAACUUCUCAUUGUCGUUAUUCAUCUGGAUUUAGAUCUACCUCUUAUUUUCCUUUUCCGGAACUAUUCGCAUUCUCACUCCAUGCGCCGAGCUCUGUAAUGAACUGCCAGUCUACUUAGGAUUCUGGGGCAUCUUUGGAGAUCAUGGCAUUCAGCUUUGGCAAUCCGGGAACUGGUAGUCUUGGUGGUGGCUCCGCUGGAGGUGCGACAGGUCGCAGUGCGCAAUUGGGUCCUGAGCUCGAAGACAUACAAACGACGGUAUAUACAUUAUUCUGGCAAAUGGGCAUGAUCAUUGCGGUAGCUAAUAAGAUUUAGGCCCUUCACUUUCACGCUUUUGCGGGCGAAUCUAAGUUGCAAUUGCUUCCUUCAGCAUGGCCGACCGAAAAUCUUCCUCCUCCAACAUCUUCGCUAUUGAGCAUAUCUUCACGUCGCGGAUUGCUCGCAGCUGCCGGUCCAGAUGCUAUAGUUGUCGCAAGAACUGCGUCUGUAGAAAAGGCAUUUGAAGAAUCGGGUAUUGGAAAUUUUAAAUCUUUCCAGCCGGAACUUAGAAUUCCCAUGCCCAUGAGAGUAUCGCAGCUUGCCUUUUCAGCGGACGAUGCAUAUUUGGUCCUAUCUGCGGAAUCAGGUGGUGGGCUGGCAGUUUACGAAGUUGACGCCUUACUUAAAGGAUCUACACAAACAGCCUUCGAGAUACCUACAAAUGGCGAGUCUUUGAGGGCUCUCGUGCCAAAUCCUACCAGUGAUAAAGGCGAGCUCCUUGCAGUUGUGACUGUGGACGGAAACCUUAUGAUGGCGAAUCUUAAGGACCGCGCUUUCAAGUCAGGUCCCAAUGGUCAAGUUCUCAGAAGUGGUGUUAGCUGUGUAUCGUGGUCCACUAAAGGGAAACAAUUAGUUGCUGGCCUUGGCGAUGGUAGUGCUGUUCAGAUGACGCCAGAAGGGGAAAUCAAAGCGGAAAUUGCAAAGCCGCCUGGAUUAAAUGACGGAGAUCAUGGUAAGUCCUCCUUCAAUUCUCAGACCACAGGAAAUAACUAACAGGCCUAAGUAUCGUCCAUCACUUGGCUUGAAAAUAACGUAUUUUUGUUGGUGCAUACACCAUCGAAUUUCGAUCCUAGCAAUGCUCCAGAAUCCAAAUUUCAUCUGGCUACGAGGCAACAGCCAGCGAUUUUUAUGUUUCAGAAACUUACUGAUCCUACUCCACCCUUUGGUCUCAAUCGUUCACCACCGCAUCAUUUUUUGCUUCGCUUGAAAGAUUUCCCGCCAAAUAUACAGGAUUUACUCAUCGUAGGCUCGACAGCAUCGACAGACAUCAAUCUAUUUACCAGAUGUAGUGUACCGUUGACGAGUGAUAAACCAUCGGACAGAAUAACAGGGGUAUUCACGAUGACAGAAAUGGCUGAUGACUCUUUUAGAGCUCAGCUUCCUGCAACAUCAAGCGGGGGUUUUGGGGACACAUCUCCGAUUGGUUUUGCGCUUGAUCUAUCAAGCAACACCAGGAUCUGGAAACCCAUACCCGGGGACGACGAGAUUGAUGAGUCGCCUCACCCCGCUCCUGCUCUUAUGGUUCUGAACAAUGAAGGUGUCUUGGCUUCAUGGUGGAUCAUUUAUAACGACUCGGUUCGACAGAAAACCAUAUACCCAGGUCUAGUUGCUGCCGAGGGAGUGACGCCUGCGCAGCAGCCUACCACUGUUGCACCUGCUCUUGGCAGUACGUCAAAUCAACCAUUUGGGGGUCAAGCUUCUACGACUUCGGCCUUUGGUGGUGCAAUGGCGAAACCAGCGGCCGCUUCUGGGACAGGUGCUUUUGGAACUCCCGCUGCUAUAGGUAAGACACAGUCACCAUGGGGUGCCCCAGGUGUUCAAGGAUUUGGAACCCCAAGUUUUGGUACGCCGUCAAUGGCACCUCCUGCAGCGCAGCCAGGCCCGGCUUUUGGCGCACCAGCCUUCGGUACACCAUCAGCUCCAGCAUUUGGGCAAUCAGGCUUGCCAGGGCGGCAAUCAGUAUGGGGCUCAGCAAACACCACCACGGCAAGUACGGGCACAGCUUUUAGUCAAUCCAGCGCUUUAGGUGCAUCGCAACCUGUCUUUGGCUCAAGUGCUUCUACUGGAAGUAAGCCUCCGACUGCUGGAGGAUUUGCCACUUUUGCGAAUCAAGGUGGCUUCGCAGCUGCCGCUGCCCCGGCAACAGGGGGAAGCAUAUUUGGUUCCAACAAUAAUGCCUCGAAUACAGGUGGCGGCAUUUUCGGUUCUAGCAACACUGGCAAUGUUGCACAAUCUGGCAGUCUCUUUGGAGGGGCCAAUAAAGCCGAGCAACAGCCUUCUUCAAGUCCUUUUGGUGCAGAUAAAUUUGUCAUCGGUUCCACAUUUAAGGCGGAUACUUCCAAGGAGAGCGAGCCGGAUAAUACGACUGUAACAAAGAGUUCGUUCUUUGGAGGUGGAGCCUUUGGUAACGCUUUGAAGGAAGCAGAGAACGCCCCUACUGUACAGGCCCCCGUGUCCGAGGAAGCGGAUAUGGAUGCUCCAGAGCCAGAGGAACAGGCGAAACCUCAAUCUGCGACGCCCAGUUCAACUCCCGCGCCGGCAAGGUCUUCAUUCUUCAGUACAGCACCUGCUACUGGUGGACGACUUUUUGGCUCUGCCUCUGGCUCCACAAAACCAAACCCCUUCGGAAGCGCUGAAGCAAAAUUAGCCCCAAACCCUUUUGCAGCCCCAGCUAGACCCGCAGUAAAUCCAUUUGCAGCAUCUAUACCUGCUAAAACAGCACCAGCCCCUUCUCCGCCACUGGAUAUCAAGCAGGAACCAAGCGAUGGAGUGCCUGAGGCUCCUUUGCCUCCAGAUCCAACAAGUAAAUCUAGCUAUACUGCUGGUGAAACAUCCGCCUCUGAAAAUGAUGCGCCAUUGCCUCUGGACUUCACACCUAAACCUAAGUCGGUUACCAAAGAAGUUCCUGCCUCUGGAAAAAAUAAUGAUGCACCCUUACCACCAGAUUUCGUGCUGAAGCCCAAGCCCACUCAAACUCAAAUACCACCCCCUGUCAAAAAGGACGCUCAAACGCAGGAUCAACCUCCCCCACCUAAAUCUCCCAAAGAGGAUGUUCCUGGAGGUCCGGAUGAUGAAGGCGAUGAUUCUGACUUCCUUACAGAAGAUGAAGAUGAUGAGCAAAGCAAAGAACCGAGUGAGGAGGGAAGUGGGGAAGACCUCGGAAAGCUGGAUAGCCCAACAUCAGAAAAUAACGUCACACCAGGUUUAACGCCUCAAAGUUCUUUUGGCGGGAAUCAGAAAGCCAAUGCAGACAUCAGUCCUUUUGCAAAAGUACAGAAGCCAUCCACGUUUGGGCAAUCGAAGGGACUUUUCGGGGAAAUUAGUACUGCACCCAAACUUCCACCACCAACAGGCCCCGUGAUUCCUUCAUCGCCACGAUCGCCCAGUCCUGUAAGAUCAGCAGUUCCGCCUAGAAUGAUGCGCCCCGAUCCGUCGAGAUCUGCUAGUGCACCGGGAUUCGCAUCACAGUUAUUAAAUGCCCAGAAGCCAUCGGGAAGAACUGCACCCUCGCAAAGCUCUUUCGUGACAUCUGUUGAACAAGAAAAUGCACGAGAACAGCGCCGUAUUGAGGCUAAAGCAAGGAAAGAAGCCGAAGAGACCAGAACGCUCGUUGAUGACGAAGAUGACAGGAUGCAGAGAUAUCUCACAGAGGAUAUUGAAGCCACAAGAACGCUGGAUGAAUUUGUCGCUUAUUCGGAUGUAAAGUCACCUGAAACAGGCGACAACAUUCCUGCUCAGGUAGAGAUUUUAUACCGUGAUAUAAACUCCAUGAUCGAUACUCUCGGUGUCAAUGCGAAGGCUCUAAAGUCCUUCGUCAAGGGACACACCGAGCAGUACAAAGAUAGAACCAGAAAAGACCUCGAAGAAGAUGAGACCUGGUGUUUGGAUGAGAUAGAAGCGAUUUCAUAUAUCGUAGAAAGAGAGCUAACACGCGAACUCGAAACGGGUCGAAUUCAGGACGUGGACGAAAAAAUCGAAACUUGUGAAAUUCUUGGGAAGGAGACUAUCAAGCUACGACAAAGAUUCGAAGAAGUAAAAAGGACUGUGCAGUCACACACACACCCUGAUCAAAUAGCGAUCGCUAGAGCACAACCACUCAAUGCCGAGCAAGCUGCACAGCAAAAUGAUCUACGCCGCGAUUAUUUGAAGUUUCAGAAACUACUCUCAGAAGCUGAAGAAGGUCUCACUGUUCUCAGGGCUAAGAUCGUAUCUCAAAAUUCCAAUAGCAAUACAAAAAACGCUGCCCCCACAGUCGAAGCUAUUAUGCGUACAAUCACCAAGAUGACGUCCAUGGCGGAAAAACGUAGUGGCGACGUCGAUGUCCUUGAAAACAGCAUGCGCAAACUGAGAUUCAACACCACAAGUCGAGAAUCCUCGCCAGCCCUAAGAACGCCUCAGAAGAAUACAAAUAGAAUAAGUAUGAGGGGAAAUACACCAGGGACUUCAAGCACAAAUAGAGUUUUCUAUACCCCUGAUCAAUUGAAAGGAUCGGCGUCAGGGAGACUAGGAAACUCGUCUUUUGGGAUGAGUAAUUCGGGCUCGAUUUAUGGAACUCCUAGUCCGAGAAAAAAGAUUAGUGGAUACACUUCAGAAGAGAAAUCGGAGUUGAGCGAGGUGGCUAGGAGGAAGAGGGAAGCGAGGGAUAAAUUGAGGAUGGCCGUCAAUAAAGCCGGGGUUAAGGUUAGAGCUUUUCAAGAUGAUGAUUGAGAGUCGGAGGGAAUGCGAGUGACAACAUGCAUAUAUAUGUAUGGGCUCUUUCGGGAGAUAUUUUUAAAAGGCGUUACUGUGUUUACUUUGAGGGCAUUGUAGGGGUACCGGUACCUGGUACGAGGGAGAGUAAUUUAGUUAUUCAUGAAUGGAUGGAUGGAUGGAUGGAUAUGAGAAAAGAAGAAGAAGAGGAAGAAAAAACAUGAACAUAAGCAUGAGAACUUGUUAGAUGAUGGAUGUUUGUAACAAUAACAAUACUGAUACCAGUACGUAGUUGGUAGCUCGUUUCAAUGGAUAUAAUUGACCGAGCUAUAUUCAAUUGCUCGGCACAAGACAUGAA